AGUUCUGAAACCUCACCGCCAUGAAAGCUGCCUCGGAAAUCCGGCACGUGGCCGUUUUGGCGUUCCCAUUCGGGACGCAUUCAGUUCCUCUUCUGAACGUCAUCCAAAGAAUCGCAUCUGAUUCACCUGAAGUCAUAUUCUCAUUCUUCUGCACCGCCCCUAAUAUUGCCAAUAUUGGUGCCUCCAUAUUCCUCAAGUUUCCCAACAUAAAGCCUUAUAACGUCCACGAUGGCUUACCGACGGGUUAUGUCCCUUCCGGCCAUCCCCUGGAGCCGCUUCAUUUGUUCCUCAGGGCCAUGCCGGAGAACUACCGGCGAGCUAUGGAUCAGGCCGUUGCGGAGAAAGGCAGGAAGAUCACGUGCAUCGUCACAGAUGCGUUUCUUUGGUUCGGCGCAGAAAUGGCAGAGCAAAUGCAUGCCAAGUGGGUCCCUCUUUGGAUGGCUGGCCCUCAUGCUCUGUUAACUCACGUCGUCACCGACCUUCUUCGUGAAAAAUUUCCUUGCGAUGAUGAUGAACAAAGCUUGAGUUUCCUGCCGUGCUUUUCUUCAGUGAAGGUCAGGGACUUACCAGAAGGAAUUGUGAGGGAAAUAGACGAACCUUUUGCAGUUAUGAUCCACAAAGCAGGACAAAUGCUUCCAAAAGCAACCACAGUAGCCAUAAACUCAUACGACACAAUCCUCCCUCCCAUUGUGAACGAGCUCAAACCAAACUUCAGAAUGUUACUCAACAUAGGACCCUUAGCUCUAACCACCCCAACUGUGAUCCCAGACAAACAUGGCUGCCUUCAAUGGCUUGACAAGCAAAAAACUGCAUCAGUACUAUAUAUUGCCUUUGGAAGUGUCAUCUUACCCCCACCCCAUGAACUAUCUGCAUUAGCACAAGCCUUGGAAGAAGGUAAGUUUCCAUAUAUAUGGUCAUUUAGAGGCAGCCCUGAGAAACAAUUACCAGAAGGAUUCUUGAAAAGGACAGGAGAACAAGGGAUUGUUGUUCCUUGGGCUCCUCAGUUAGACAUCCUUAAACAUGCGUCAACUGGUGUUUUUAUGACGCAUUGUGGCUGGAAUUCGAUCUUGGAGAGCAUUGUAGGUGGUGUGCCCAUGAUUUACAGGCCGUUUUUUGGAGAUCAGAGGUUGAACACUCUGAUGUUGGAGGGGGAAUGGGGGGUCGCCAUGGCUGUUGACAAUGGGGUUAUUACUAAGAAUGAGAUUAUCAGAGUUUUGGAAUCAAGCUUGACAGGUGAAAAGGGGAAGAUGAUGCGCAGCAACGUUACGUCUUUGAAACAGUCCGCCAUGAAAGCUAUUGAGCCUAGUGGCAGCUCUACACAAAAUUUUAGGACUUUGAUUGACUUAGUCACAACUUAAAGUUGAUUC